AUGGCGACCCGACGUAUCAUCUCCACAGAAAAGACCAUCCUCGACCAAGAUGAGCCCAACAGCGCUCCGGCCGAAAAGUCCAACAUUGCACCCGCCGUCCCCACCGACGUCAUUGUGAAGCUCCUGGGGUUCACCUUCGCCAUGAUCGUUUUCCCCAUCGGCUCCUAUUUCCUCACAGUCAGCACGGUCUUCAAAGGUGCGCUCUGGCCCGCCUCUUUUCUCCGUCUGCUUCACUGA